AUGAAGCAGAAAUCUGAGGAGCUUGAUCUCGCGAAUCUUCCGGUUCUCUUGUACGGGGACAACUCUCUCAGAUUGCACAACCCCAACCAUGGAGUCUUUCGAGCACAGGAUCUUGAAUUUUUGCCGCGCGGCCGCGAAGUAUGUGCCUCUGCGAUGUUCCGCAGCGUUAAAAUGGUGAAAGAACUUCGGAAAAUCACGCAACCGC